AUGUUGGUUCUCAUUUCAAUAUUGCCAAUUUUAUCCUGUGUCACCGCGCAGUGUUUGCGACCAACUGUAUUAUGUGACCAGCCAAAGCUCUCCCCAUGUGCACCUUCAUUAUUAAUUGAACCAGAAUACACAGCACUGGGAUGUCUACAGCCAACAAUUACCCCCUAUGGAACGUUAAGCGAAGUGCCACUCUUUCCCCUUUUGGCCAAUCCAGAAGUGCCGCUAUCGAUGUUGCCAGCUGCGUCUCCAAUUUCGGCUUUGAUACACCCAUUUUCAUGCAUAUACCCCCCUGCCCUGCCUUGUAAUUGUGGUAGCCAUUUUCUUAAGAAAAUUCCUAUUCCACCACCGUUUAUAUAA